AUGCGCGCAGUGAACCUCGAGCUGAGCGGCGCGCUGGCGGACCUGCCGAUGAACGUGAUGGCCAUCUCCGAGGAGAUCCAGGAGCAGACCCAGUUGGUACAAGUUCAACUGAAGCGCAGCCGCGCGUUGGACGACGCGCAGGAGGAGCAGCUCUAUGCCGACGUGCGCCACAUCCUCUCGGACCCACGCCUGGGCGGCCCUCCCCUCAACAGCUCCUCCCUCCCGCAGUCGCCGCACCCCUCUGCUCCUCCUCCCUCCCCGGCCGUUCUCUCGUCCUUCCCCUCCUUCUCUCCCACGCACACGGAUGUUAAUAAGGGUGGUGCUGCUGCUGCUGUUACGAUCACGGUGUUGCAUUCUGGUGGGGCAGGAGGCGAAGGAGAGGAGGCAGGAGGGUCUGCAGCUGGAGUAGCUGGAGGAGCAGCUGGGCAGUUGCCGAAAUUACCCUCGCUAAGUUCCGUGGAAGCAGGGUUACUAGACCCGGUUCUGGGCAAGCUAGGGCUGAUCUCCCUGCCUGCUGUUCUCGAGGAGAUAGCCUCGCUAAAACGAGCGCGGGAUCAGCUUAUAGAGGAGACAGACGCAGCAGCAGCAACCGGCAAAGGGGGCGGGGGUGGAGAGUCCGCAAUGGAACGUCUGAGGCUGAGGCUAAAUGAGGAGCUAAGGCGGGGGGCAGAGAUGAGUGUAGCGGGAGACGAGGAGGAAGGGUCGAGUGGGGGGAAUGGGGGAGGGAAAGAGGAGGACUCUUCAACUGGUUCCCGGCAAUCUUCUGUUUCUUCUAAGUCCCUGGUUUCGCCAAAAAGUGCUGUUUCUUCUAGAGGUGGAGAUGGGAGGUCGGGAGAUGGCAUGUGUUCACGAGCAGAUGCAGAACGGAGGGUUGCUUGGGAGAGUAAAAAAGCUGAGAAACUCAGGGAGGUGGACAAGAUUGUACUGUUAUUGGAGCGGCUUAAAGUGAGUCUAAGCGGAGGGAUGGAGGACAGGGAGGAGGGGAACGGUGGAGUGAGGAAGUCGGGGAGUGGGGAUGGGUCGGGAGGCGAGGAGGGGAAUCCGGAGGAUGGGGUGGAUCGGGGCGGCAUUGGCGUGGGCACUGGGUCGGCACUGCGGUCGAAAUCCGGCCGGCUGGUGGUGCCUCCGGAUGACUUUCGUUGUCCUAUCUCGCUGGAGAUCAUGAGGGAUCCCGUGAUCGUCUCUACAGGCCAGACGUACGACCGAGCCUAUAUCGAGCAGUGGCUCAAGGAGGGUCACAAGACGUGCCCCAAGACGCAGCAGAUCCUCUCCCAGCCCGCCUCGCUCAUCCCCAACUUCUCCCUGCGAAGCCUCAUCCAGCAAUGGUGCGAGGCUAACAACGUUGAGCUGCCAAAGCGAUCACAGAAUGGUGGAGCGGGUGGGAGUGGUGGGACCGGGGAGGGAGGCUCGGCGGAGAUUUCGCUUUCGGAUCGGCAUCAGGUGAUGCAGAUUCGGGACCGGCUUCGGUCGCCGGACCUGGAGGUUCGGAAGAGCGCUGCGGUUGACGUGAGACUGCUGGCGAAACGAAGCGUGGAGAACCGAGUGGCAAUCGCCGAAGGGGGUAUCAUUCCCCUCCUGGUCGAAUUACUCACAGACCCCCUCCCAGCUGAUGCCAAAAUGCAGGAGCAUACGGUUACCGCGUUACUAAACCUGUCGAUCAACGACCCGAACAAGAGCCUGAUUGUCUCGGCUGGAGCCAUCCCGGCCAUAGUCCGGGUGCUGGAGAAGGGAGGCAGCAUGGAGGCUCGGGAAAACGCGGCAGCGGCGCUGUUCUCGCUCUCGGUCAUGGAUGAGAACAAGAUUUCGAUCGGGCAGGCGGGAGCGAUACCAGCACUGGUGGACCUGCUUCAACACGGGUCGACUCGAGGGAAAAAAGACGCUGCUACGGCGAUUUUCAACCUGUCGAUCUACCAGGGGAACAAGGCCAGGGCUGUGCGUGCAGGGUUGGUUCCCCCGCUUGUGGACCUUCUCGUGCACCGUCGAUCGGGCAUGAUGGACGAGGCCCUCGCGAUCCUGGCCGUCCUUUCGACGUCCCCAGAGGGGCGGACAGCGAUAGGAGAGGCGACUGCAGUGCCAAUUCUGGUGGAGCUGAUGAAAGAUGGGUCGCCGAGGAACAAGGAGAAUGCGGCUUCGGUGCUGCUGUCGCUGUGUCUGAAUGGUAGGGAGCACACGGAGCUUGCGGUGCAGUGCGGUGCUGUGCCUCCGCUGCAGCUGCUGCUGAGGAGUGGGACGCCCAGGGCUAAGCGGAAGGCGUCUCAACUGCUGCAGCACCUGCAGGACCAGGAGCUCAUGGCUAAGAGGAGUUAA